GUGUACGUGGCCUGUCAGUCGAUGCUUAUUGUGCUUGUGGGAGCUGUGCCCGACUAUCGUAUAGACCAAGAAGGAAUUCUGGUGAGCAGAGCUGACCUUGCCAAGCAUAUCCGUUUUGCAGACAACUUCACAUCUAUAGUAACCGAGUGGUGCCUAGUCGAACAAGAGGCCUACAAAGUGAGCCUUGCAUCAUCCCUAUUUUUUGCUGGAUUGCUUAUUGGAAAUAUCACGUUUGGCCCGUUGUCAGAUAAACUGGGCAGGAAACCAAUGUAUAUCUCGGGUCUAUUUUUUGAUGUCAUCUUUGGAUAUGUCACAGCAUUAGCUCCAAAUUAUGACAUAUUUGCAGUGUCACGGUUUUUCGCUGGAAUUGUGAAUGGUGGAAUGGCUCUUGUGUCUUUUGUCCUAACCCAAGAAUAUGUAGGAAAAUCAUUUUGGUCAUUUACAGGUUCGCUAACUAAUUUGACAUUUGCAGUUGGCAUUGCUGUUUAUGCGUUACUGGGUUACUGUGUGAGAGAAUGGCGCUACCUUGCCUUGGUAUCGAAUACUCCAGGAGUCAUCUUCCUCCUCCUUUCUUUUAUGCUCCCAGAAUCGCCACGAUGGCUGUAUUCCCAAGGGAAAACAGCAGAAGCUGAAUGUGUGUUGCAAUAUAUUGCCCUUGGUAAUGGAAAAGAGAGAUUUAAUCUAAAAUUAAAACCAAGUGCAGAAACUUUGAGAAAGGAUGAAUCAGCACCUGGUAUCCUAAACUUAGUGAAACACCCAGUCCUUCGGUGGCGAACCGUCAUACUGAUGUACAUCUGGUAUGUCUGCAGCUUUGUGUACUAUGGACUAACUUUAAAUGCUGGUGAAUUAAAAGGAAAUCUGUAUUUAAAUGUGGCUCUUUCUGGUCUUGUAGAAGUUCCAGCAUUUCCUCUCUGCAUGCUUUUCAUUGAGAAAUCCUGGUCUGGAAGACGUAAAACUAUGACAUGUUUUCUGAUGUUUGCAGGAUUUGCCUGUAUAUUUACCAUGUUUGUGCCAACAAAUGCUGGUCUGCUGCUCAGUCCCACAUUGUUAGCUUUGUGUGGAAAAAUGAUGGUCAGCGCCGCGUUCAACAUCGUGUAUAUUUAUACGUCUGAACUAUACCCGACGGUGCUGAG